AGGCUGGCCUGCUACCCUCCUGGUCGUCUGAGGAGCCUGGUCUCUUCUCCUGGUCUUCUGAGGAGCCUGGUCUCUUCUCCUGGUCUUCAAUUUCACAGUGUUCACAGCACAGACCAUCCACAGCAGACCACAGCCCAUCAAUUAAGAAUACACUGUAUACUGUAGAAAUAGUAGUCUAUGCCAAAGGGGUCUUUCUCCGCAUGAAUUAAGAAAGUCCUGGGGCCUCCCGAGUGGUGCAGCGGUCUAAGGCACUGCAUCACAGUGCUUGAGGCGUCACUACAGACCCGGGUUCCAUCCCAGGCUGUGUCACAACCGGCUGUGACCGGGAGUCCCAUAGGGUUAGGGGAGGGUUUGUCCAAUAUGACAUUGUCCCCUUGAACAGUCUUUUUUUAAAUCUACACAACCAGGAUAGAGUAUGAUUAGAGUUAGAGCUGAGAGCCCUUCGAGAAUAAUUUUGUGAGCAGGUAAGACAUUGGGCAGACCACCAGCAUAUACAAUUGGAUGUAAUUAUUAUAUUGAUUUUGAUGCUUCACAUAGAAGUAAGUAUUUAUUACUAUCCCAACUGUUUGUUCAUGACUAACUCUGUUACUUGUUUCUCACUGCAUAAAGACUGAGCUGGACCAGAAUUAAGACAGAAUGAGGGCUGAUGAUGCAUGAGAGUCUGGUCCCUGGCAGACUGACUGAUGUCAUUGAUCUAAUGAGGACAUGUUUGACUGGGGGAUAAUAGAUGCAAGCUGUGUUCCAAAUGUGGACAUUGCCUGACCAGUUCAAAAGUAGUGCACAUAGGAAAUAGGAAAUAGGGUGCCAUUUUGGAUGCAGCCCUAAUGAUGAACACUGCUCUGUUGUUUCUGGUCUGGUGGCUGAUUGGAGGAUGUCUAGGGCUUCAGGGCUUUCCUCUGUCUUUUCCAAAAGGGCUGGUGACACCCAUGGUCACUGUACCAUGUAGUUAGGAUAGGCAGUCAGGAUGCUUUGAUCAGAAAUCCAAAGCAAUUGUCUUUUUUACAAUAUGCUUUUUGUCAUUGAAAUGAAACAAAGUAAAUUGUGCAAAAUGAAACAUGCUAUUGUAUAGUAAAAAAAAAGGUAAUGUAACUAAGAAUUGGGUUAAAUGUGUGCUCUCUUUCCUCUGCAGGUGUCCUCGUGUGAUUGUCCAAUCAGAGACCUGCAUGUGUGAAGCCGCGGCCAGCAAUGGAACCCUGGCCUGCAGUGGCUUGGGUCCUACUGCUGACGGUCAUUGCUGAUUGGCUGAAAACAGCCCAAUCAAAGGACUUUACAGAACAGGACAUCAUCUACCUCCAUCACUCAAGUAAGAAUCAGACUUUAUUAUUACAUGACCAAGAGUAUUCAAUAGAGUGAUGGUGUCCCAGUUUCCCAGACUAAUUGCAUGAAAGUACUGUAAAUUAGUUGUGAUCUAAUUCACAGUGUCCCAAAUGCAGCUGACUUGCAUGGAAUUGGCACCUCAAAAUCAUCUGUUUGUGUUGGUACUAAAUGUAUAAAAUUAUUUCGACAAGUUUUGAAAAUGCCCAGGGUUUAAUCUGAUGCGAAAUGUAUGACUUGUAGAUCAGUCAGCACCUGUUAUUGCACUCAGAGAUCCCACUUCUGCUAACAUCAUCAAUGAUGUGACCGGACCGCUAUUAUCCCAGUGAUUGGGUGUGAUAAAAUUGAGACGGUCAGUCAGUCACGCCACCGCUGUCGGCCUUAACUGUUAAUCCACUGGCCAAGCCACGUCCAUGUAUUCAUGUAGCCCAGCCCUUUCUCUAAACUACGGCUAGCGGGAGUCCUUCAGCCCCUCAGUCCCCUGUAAAACCUGUCAUUAGACUGAGUCUGUUAUUACAGGCCAUCUCUAAUGGAGGAGAGGCCCCUCUGUCUCUGUCUCUCUCUCUCUCUCUCUCUCUCUCUCUCUCUCUCUCUCUCUCUCUCUCUCUCUCUCUCCUCUCUCUCUCUCUCUCUCCUCUCUCUGUCUCUCUCUCUCUCCUGUCUCUCUCUCUCUCUCUCUUCUCCUCUCUCUCUCUCUCUCUCUCUCUCUCUCUCUCUCUCUCUCUCUCACACACACACACACACACACACACACACACACACACACACACACACACACACACACACACACACUCUUUACUGUGUCUUCAUUAGAUGAGCCCCCUUUGCUUAUUACAUCCCCAUAACCGCUGCUUAUCACAAACCUUAAUAGACUACUCCAUUCCAAUUUUGACUGACCCUUAAGAGUUAUGAAAAAGUCGGUCAGAGGCUAUGCCACUCAGGAAUAGCUGUUAGGGGUGUGUAUCCAGUGAGCUUGUGAUCCCCAGCCAAACCAGACAGAUCCACAGCUGGCACAGCAACUGUCUGCUCCCUCCCCUCUCCACCACCAGGCCCGGCUCUUUGAUCUGAGGCAUAGGGUCAUGUGACUCCAUGCAUAGCUACCCGGCACAGUCAGACGGCCCACAGUCAGCCAUGUUGUCACUGCCUUCUGCCCUCUGCCCUCUUUUGUCUCAUCCACACAUUAGCCCAGCAAUAUUUCCACUCAGCCCCCCAAUAGAGAAACUACACUAUACCGUAACUGGAAGAUCCACUGCAAAUGGCAUUGAUAUCUUAUUCACGUCUAUUCAAUAUUUCCUGAAUCAGCUCAGAUUGAAACAAUGAAACACAUUAUCAAUAAAUCAAAGGAAAUUCUUACAGAGAGUGACUGUUAUCUUAAUUUGAAUUCUAGUGGUCUGAACCAAGUCGGGACAGUGACGACCAACAAGACUCAGCUGAGGGUAACUGAUUGAUUGUUGUCCUUUGGCUGUCCCUGUGACUCAGGCCAGAAUGUUCCGGCAUGGCCAGAAUGUGGACACUCACUAAUUGGUUCUCAGUGCCAAUUAGAUCAUGUUCCCGAGCCACAGGAAUGGCUGCUUUCCAUAACAUAGUACUCUCAACUUGUUCUCUCUCUCCUCCCCCCUUCUCUCUCUCCCUCCUUCCCUCCUUCCCUCCCUGUCUUAACUGAAUGUGUGCCAGUGCCAGUAUAGGGCCAAUGGUAACUAACUACAAGUCAUGUAAGUCAUGUUACAGCUGGUAAAUUGCUGCUGCGCACCUCAAGUCCUCUUAAAGGCCUUUUUCCUAGUUUGUUAGCUCAGUGGAUAAGCUAAGCUGCCUCGACAAGCUUUAGUCCUGGCCUCUGUGCAACAGUCUUUUCCCUUUUUUCAGACCCCCUGCAGUCCCCUUACCCCAGUCAGUGUACAACAACAGACUGGAUCACUAUAGGCCUCUGUAGAUGGGCAUAUGCUAGAUUAGGGUCUGAAACAACCCCAACUUUCCCCAGGAAGCAGGCAUGUUAGAGGUAAGCCCUCCCACGUCUCAGAAACAGGUCUCUGUGUAGCCAGAAAUAAUAUCUCUUAAGAUCUGUGGCUCUUUCAUCACAGAGAGGCAGAACUCCUGGGAUCAGGUUAACACCGCGCCGGCUUUCUGGGAUACUGCGGGAGAUAUCCGUGUCAGCUCGAGGUCACCCCUCUAGUCCCAGUGGGGAUUUGGUAGAUUGUGUGUGUGUGUAUAUGUGUGUGUGUGCGUGUGUGUCUGUGUCUAUGUACAUAUGUGAGCAUGUGACAGGGUGUUUGCGUAGUUGUGUGUCUGUCUUUGUGUUUGGGUGUGGGAGGGCUACUAGGGAACGGUAACUAACCAGACAUCCAGGGAGGGGUCAUGGUCUAGCUAGCAGUGGCGAGGCAAGGCGGGAUCAUGGUCUGCAUCCCAAAUGGCACCCUAUUCCCGAUAUACUGCACUACUUUUGACCAGAGUCCUCUGGGCUACAUAGUGCACUAUAUAGAGAACAGGGUGCCAUUUGAGACGUAGCCAUGGUGAUUGGCAACAGGCUUUGUGUUCUGAAUGAAGUUUGCCUGACUUGCAGACCUGCAGCUAUCAUUGGGGAAGGGUGUGGAGGAGUGACCAAUCAGAUUAAUGUAAUGGUGUGAAACUGGAAAGACUAACAGCUUCUUCGUCCGAAUGAUCACAACAGAUGGCCCACCAUGGACAUUUUCCAUCCUCUGGGGACAAUGCAUUGAGAAGGGAGGCAGCAACUGGGCUGUGUGGUCUUAGUCUUAGUGUUUCACUGAAUUAACAGAGUGCAUGGGGUAAACUGCACUUGGCACUAUAAGUCUUUAUCAGAACAAUUGUGUGUGUGUGAGAGAUAGAUUACUACUGGUCAUAAGCUAUGUACAGUAUACUGUAUGUUGGUGCAAGGACUGAGUUCCCCCUAUAAAUGGUCUCCCUGUCCCUAAAGUCCAUGUUAUAAGAGUGAUUUUUGUUUUACUAAUCCAAAAUAACGCGUUCCAUGCAUUCCAAACUUUUUCAUCCAUUUUAUUAAUCCAAAAGUUCAAUCUUUUUCUGUCCAGAUUUCAUAAGCUAAUAUUAUUAUUAGCCCAGCUUUUAGUAUGAGCGUGCUAAUCUUAUUCAAUGUUUCAGGACUUCUGUUCACUUAGGCUAAGUGUAUGUUGGCUAUGGCUGUGUGACUGGCUAUGCUUGUCCCAGUGCCCUGUGCAUGACUCUUAAUCAGUGUGUGGAAUAAGUGUGUGCGUAUGUUUCUACAGCCACUCCAUUCCCAGGUGGGUUCAAGUGCUUCACCUGUGAGGAGGCACCUGACAACUAUGAGUGUAAUCGCUGGGCGCCAGACCUAUAUUGCCCACAAGGUGAGUCAAAACACUAGGACAAACCAAUGUUAUUUUCAGCACCGUUGAUAACAACAGUCUGACUUCAAGCCCUACCCAUGAAGUAAUAAUAAGAUGUUAAUUCUUUACUCCCUCUGCUCUCAGAUAGGCCUACCUUACUUUGUAUUUAGAUUAGGCAUUCUUUCCUUCUCUGAGUGCUGCCAAAAAGUUGUAAAUUACUGCUCUGUUCCUUCAAUGGAGGCCUCAGUGUAUUAUUAAGUAUAUGUCACCCUGCUGUUAACAUGUUUAGCUCAUAAAUAGCUAGUGAGUUAGCUUGGCUCGACCACUAUCGGACAGAUUUACAGCACACUCUUAAUGACUAAUAAGUUACUCUUGGCCUAGCCCUUAAAAUACACAUUCUUUGUAUAAAUAAUAGCCUCAUAGAUCGUUGGAUAGAGAGAUGCACUACUUGACUCCCUGGAAUGCACUCCGUGACGUGAUACGAUUGGUUUUCCUCCAGGUUUUACUGGGUUUGAUACUAAAAGUGACAUACAGUCAUGUAUAGCUUUGGAGUAUAUUAGAUACCGUAUGGCAGAGGCUUCAAUUCAGGAAAGGGUCAGAUAAAUGACUAAAAUGUAAAUGUAGGUAGCCUAUAGUGUUUUUCCCCACAACCUAUGAACAGAAAAGUACAGCUUUUCUCUCAAUUCUAACUUAACUCAAAUCCAUCCAUGCAAACCAGAAUGUGGUAGCUACAGCAAGAGGUCAAUAUGUCUUAUUUACUGUCUUUAUUCUCAACAGAGACCAGAUAUUGUUACACGCGUCACAAUAUGGACGUGGAGGGGGACAGUGUUUCCGUGACAAAGCGUUGUGUGGCUCUAGAGGACUGCCUCUCUACUGGAUGCUCUGAAGAAGACCAUGAAGGAAACAAGGUGUGGAGUGGGAACAAGGGGAAUAGUGUUGAGCCUAGUGUUGGGAGGUUACAAUGGUAUUUUUUUUUUUUUCACCUUUAUUUAACCAGGUAAGCCAGUUGAGAACAAGUUCUCAUUUACAACUGCGACCUGGCCAAGAUAAAGCAAAGCAGUGCGAUAAAAACAACAACACAGAGUUACUUAUAGGGUAAAACAAAACAAAGUCAAAAAUACAACAGAAAUAAAUAUAUAUACAGUGUGUGCAAAUGUAGCAAGUUAUGGAGGUAAGGCAAUAAAUAGGCUAUAGUGCAAAAUAAUUACAAUUAGUAUUAACACUGGAAUGAUAGAUGUGCAAGAGAUGAUGUGCAAAUAGAGAUACUGGGGUACAAAUGAGCAAAAUAAAUAACAAUAUAGGGAUGAGGUAGUUGGGCGGGCUAAUUUCAGAUGGGCUGUGUACAGGUGCAGUGAUCGGUAAGGUGCUCUGACAACUGAUGCUUAAAGUUAGUGAGGGAGAUAAGUGUCUCCAGCUUCAGAGAUUUUUGCAAUUUGUUCCAGUCAUUGGCAGCAGAGAACUGGAAGGAAUGGCGGCCAAAGGAGGUGUUGGCUUUGGGGAUGACCAGUGAGAUAUACCUGCUGGAGCCCAUACUACGGGUGGGUGUUGCUAUGGUGACCAAUGAGCUAAGAUAAGGCGGGGAUUUGCCUAGCAGUGAUUUAUAGAUGGCCUGGAGCCAGUGGGUUUGGCGACGAAUAUGUAGUGAGGACCAGCCAACAAGAGCGUACAGGUCACAGUGGUGGGUAGUAUAUGGGGCUUUGGAGACAAAACGGAUGGCACUGUGAUAGACUACAUCCAAUUUGCUGAGUAGAGUGUUGGAGGCUAUUUUGUAAAUGACAUCGCCGAAGUCAAGGAUCGGUAGGAUAGUCAGUUUUACGAGGGCAUGUUUGGCAGCAUGAGUGAAGGAGGCUUUGUUGCGAAAUAGGAAACCGAUUCUAGAUUUAACUUUGGAUUGGAGUUUCUUAAUGUGAGUCUGGAAGGAGAGUUUACAGUCUAACCAGACACCUAGGUAUUUGUAGUUGUCCACAUACUCUAGGUCAGACCCGUCGAGAGUAGUGAUUCUAGUCGGGUGGGCGGGUGCAAGCAGCGUUCGGUUGAAGAGCAUGCAUUUAGUUUUACUAGUGUUUAAGAGCAGUUGGAGGCUACUGAAGGAGUGUUGUAUGGCAUUGAAGCUCGUUUGGAGGUUUGUUAACACAGUGUCCAAUGAAGGGCCAGAUGUAUACAAAAUGGUGUCGUCUGCGUAGAGGUGGAUCUGAGAGUCACCAGCAGCAAGAGCGACGUCAUUGAUAUACACAGAGAAAAGAGUCGGCCCAAAAAUUUAACCCUGUGGCACCCCCAUAGAGACUGCCAUAGGUCCAGACAACAGGCCCUCCGAUUUGACACAUUGAACUCUAUCAGAGAAGUAGUUGGUGAACCAGGCGAGGCAGUCAUUUGAGAAACCACGGCUAUUUAGUCUGCCAAUAAGAAUGCGGUGGUUGACAGAGUCGAAAGCCUUGGCCAGGUCAAUGAAAACGGCUGCACAGUACUGUCUAUUAUCGAUCGCGGUUAUAAUAUCGUUUAGGACCUUGAGCGUGGCUGAAGUGCACCCAUGACCAGCUCGGAAACCGGAUUGCAUAGCGGAGAAGGUACGGUGGGAUUCGAAAUGGUCGGUGAUCUGUUUGUUAACUUGGCUUUCAAAAACUUUUGAAAGGCAGGGCAGGAUGGAUAUGGGUCUGUAACAGUUUGGAUCUAGAGUGUCACCCCCUUUGAAGAGGCGGAUGACCGCGGCAGCUUUCCAAUCUCUGGGGAUCUCAAACGUUACGAAAGAGAGGUUGAACAGGCUAGUAAUUAUUCUAGUUGAUUUUGGGCAUGGCAUUUUUCUGACUUGGAAUUUUUUUGUAAUGACAUAGACAGAGGUAGAUGGUGUUGUUGCCAAAAUGCCGCCAACAGGGUAAAGUUUAUGGUUGGAUCUCAGGCUAUGGUUGCGGUCAAAUCUGGAGUGGGGUCAGAGCCGGGGUCAGACAAUGUGAACGUGGCGCUUUAUAUUACGGCCCUGUCCCAGUCACCACCACUUAACUGUGCUUUUGAGUUAAUCCGGAGAUCCUCCAAAGUGCUCGCUCCAGAUAAGAUAAAGAGAAGAGUGGAAACUGCUCUCUCUCAGUAGGCUGUCAUUCUAAUCCCCGGUGAAAGGUGUAUGUCUUCACUACCUCGGAAGUCUGCAUUAUUCCCCACUGAGAGAGAGAGAGAGAGAGAGAGAGAGAGAGAGAGAGAGAGAGAGAGAGAGAGAGGGGAGGGAGAGAGGAGUGAGAAGAGAGAGAGAGAGAGAGGGAGAGAGAGAGAGAGAGAGAGAGAGGAGACGAGAGGAGAGAGAGGAGAGAAAGAGAUAGAGAACAAAAUCUAAGGUGUUUGUACUAAUGUUUCAACUUUUCUCCUUUAGGUCUGUACAGCGUGCUGUGAGGGCAAUAUCUGUAACCUUCCUCUCCCCUGGAAUGAGACGGAGGCUGUGUUCGCCACCACCUCACCUCUCAGCGGCACCACAGGGCUCUCACAGAGCUACACACUAAUAUCCUGCCUCCUUUUCCUCACCUUCCUCAUCUCCAGCUAUGUU